AUUUCAGCUAUCAUUUAAUGAAAACAUCAAAAACAAUUUCAUCUAGUCGUGCACAUCACUAAACGAGAUCAUUCAUUCUCAAUACAUUGUAAAAUUAUAUAUUUAUAUUCUCUCUUUUAGGGACAAGUCUUAAGACUCUAUUGUUAUGAAGAAAUCACCUUCUGAGAAUAAGUUAGUCCAAACUUAAAAAGCAUAUAUUAUGAUAUAACCAAAACUUGUUGAGAUAUUUGAUGAGAAUAAGACUAAGAAAACAGAAUUACACUUUGAGAACUCUAUUUCUCAAUUGAAAACAGUAGAAAUAAUAUAAGGAAAGGGAUAAGACAAUAAAGAGACUCCAAUUACCAGUGAAAGAAAAUAGAAUAGAAAGCCAUCUAUCAAGUAAUUUAGUUAAUUAUAUGUUUAGACAAUCCUUGAAGAUGAUUACUUAACUUUGAAAG